AUGCCCAACUGCACCCUCCAGCACCCAUACCUGGCGCCCUCCAGCACCCUCCUUGUUCGAGUUCGAGCCACGCUGAUCCAAGUCAUUGCCACCGCUCACAGGAAUCGUUUCCUGCUGUUCACAGUUCAUGAGUCUGUCGAUCCCCCUUCGAGCAAGACCCAUGCUGAUCCAAGUCGUUUCCUGCCAUUCGCAGUUCAUGAGUCUGUCGAUCCCCCUUUGAGCUCAAGCCACGCUGAUCCAAGUCAUUUCCCGCUGUUCACAGUUCUACAUGAAUACAUGGGUCACGAGUUACUACCUGCCGCGGGUUACAUACCAAGUUGA